AUGGCACCAAAUAUCCACGAUCAGAGGGAUCAUGGAAGGGGACGUCUGUACAAAAUUUUUCCAUGUGAAGGCAUCUGCAAGGAGAAGAAAAAACACCAUCCUCCAGCAUCAGGGACAAUUCUUCUGGGGCACGAGGACAAGAUGGAGAUAGCGUUGGAUUUCUUCUCCGGUCUCCUGGGACAGUCGGUGUCUAGGAAAGUAAAGCUGAAUUUUGAGGCCAUUGGUUAUUCGCUGGCCGCGGAUCUGCUCACGCAGCUUGCGUGUUAUUUUCCGUUAUACGCACUUGCUUCGUACAUGGUCUACACUACAACAAGUGGAGUACCAACCGCUGUUCAAGGCGGUGUGUACGCGGUUGUGGCUGCGGAGUGCUCCAUUGGACAGAACUCCGUGCACAUCGAAGAUGAGCCUACGACUUUCUCUCGGGGAGGCCCGUUCCUGGUGCAGCUUGAGACCAAGCCAGACCGGACCAAGGUGCUCAAGCUGGACCAGCUCCCGGCCAUGCUUCAGAAGGUGAUCGGGGCAGACGUCCUCGUCUUCAACACCGGCCACUGGUGGACGCACACCGGCAAGCUCAGGGCCUGGGACCAUCUGGAGAGAAACGGGAUGCUGGUGAAGAUGGAAGGAGAGGAAGCAUUCAGCAGAGCGCUGAGGACAUGGGCGAGAUGGGUGGAUCACAACGUGGACCAGACCAGAACCAGGGUCUUCUUCCGAAGCGUCUCGCCUGAACACAAAGGUGCGAACUGGUGCUACAAUCAGACGGCCCCCAUCGCCGCGGACGAAGCGAUCGUUCCAUGGUUCCCGAAGAGCAUGGUGUCCAUCGUCGAGGGGAGCAUACGGAGCAUGAGGACGCCGGCCACGUACCUGAACAUCACGCGCCUUUCCGAGCUCAGGAUCGACGCGCACCCUUCGGUGUACUCGAUCAACAGGGAUGGGAAGCCUCUGUCGUUGGAGCAACGGCGGCGGCCGGUGGUGUAUGCUGACUGCAGCCACUGGUGCCUGCCGGGGUUGCCUGAUACUUGGAAUGUGCUUUUGCUUGCUUCCUUGACGAGAUAUCCCUCCUCUAAUGUACACUUGUAGCUAGCCUUGUAGGAUCAGUAAAACACUACUGUACUUGUAAGACACAACAAUCUAGCUAGGCUGAUAUACUCUGUCUGGUUCCAAUUGACUAAUGCAUGGUGGGGAAAUGAGGCUGAAAUCAG